AUGUCGACUACUACUGCAACGCAGUCGCGGACUGCAGCGAAACAACAUGACCCGAAUGUCCUUUCGUCGGUCUCAAAAGCCCAGCACGCCGACUCGCGGCCAGAGCUACCAGAGGACAAAUUCUUCUGGACCUACACCGAAGAGCCCCAUAGAACGCGGCGACAGGCCAUCAUCAAGGCGCAUCGAGAGGUACUGCAACUUUGCGGCCCGGAACCACUCACAAAAUACCUGGUACUAGCAGUGGUCGUAUUGCAAGUGGGAUGUGCAUAUCUACUGAAAGAUACGCCAAUAAUGUCGUGGCCGUUUUGGGUCAUGGCGUACGUUGUGGGAGCUACAGCCAACCAGAAUCUCUUCCUUGCCAUUCACGAGAUUAGCCAUAACCUGGCCUUCAAGACUCCCGUCUACAAUCGACUCUUCGCCAUUGUGGCCAAUCUGCCAAUUGGAGUACCUUAUUCGGCUGGCUUCAGGCAAUAUCAUUUGACACACCACAAAUCCUUGGGCGUGGACGGUUUAGAUACGGAUCUGCCUACCGCCUUCGAAGCAGUAUUUCUUGACUCGGUUCUCGGUAAGGCCUUCUUCUGUACCUUUCAGCUCCUCUUCUACGCCAUUCGUCCCAUGUUCGUUUUCAAAGUUCCCUUCGGACCAGUCCACUACCUCAAUAUUGCGGGCCAAAUCCUUUUCGAUGCCUUGAUUGUACGAUUCCUCGGCUGGCAUUCCAUGACAUAUCUGUUGCUGAGCUCCUUCUUGGCUGGAUCGCUGCACCCUUGUGCUGCACAUUUCAUCUCCGAGCACUACGUCUUCCAACGAUCUCAGGUUAAGGGUGGCAAAAUGCCACGAGAUGUGCCAAUUCCCGAAACAUUCUCUUACUAUGGCUCAUUGAACCUCGUCACCUAUAAUGUCGGCUACCACAACGAGCAUCACGACUUUCCUGCGAUACCGUGGACUCGACUGCCGAAGUUAUACGAGAUUGCAAAGGAGUUCUAUAACCCUCUGCCGUACCACAAGAGUUGGCCUCGUGUGCUUUGGCAGUUCAUCGCAGACAAGGAGGUGGGUAUGUGGUGUCGGGUCAAGAGGGCUGAAGGUGGUAGAAUGGUUGGUACAUGGAAAGAGAACGAAAUCCAGAACUAG